AUGAGUAGGCACAUGGCUCAAAACAUGAGCAUGGCCCAGAAAGGCAUUGGUAAGUACACCAGGGGAGCCAAGUACCAGCAACUGAUGGAUAAAACAGUGACUCGUACUGCUGUAACAUCAGCCUUCAUCAAGAACUCAAUGGGGCUGUGGAAGACAAACGUAGAGGCCAACUUUAAUCUAAUAAAACAAGUCACCAUCAAAUGUGGGAUUUACCAAGGAGAUGCCCUGUCCCCGUUGCUGUUCUGCACAGGCCUGAACUGCCUCGGUGAGAUCAUCACCAAGAGUGGCUACAGACACAAGCUAUGGAAUGACGUGACCACCAGCCAUAUAGAUGACAUCAAGCUGUCAGAAUCAGUUCUUGGCCAGCCAAACACCCAGGACAAGACAUUUCAUAUCCAGCCCAGACACACUGAUGCUGGGAUGCAAUACGGAGCUUCUUCCCUGUCUGGAUGGAAAUGGCGCAACCAACUGAGAGCUUCCAGCCGUCUGCUCCUAGGACUCCCCACUCACAAAUUGAGCUCUUUAUAUCAGCUGAAAGGACAGCCCCAUGCCAAUGCUGAAAAAGCUCAGAAGUCAUUCGGCUGGGGCGACUUCUAUUCCAACAUCAAGACGGUGCGGCUAAACCUGCUUGUCGCAGGGAAGAUCGUUGACCACAGCAACGGGACAUUCGGCGUGUACCUUCGUCGCGACUCCACGGGUGAGGGCAAUGUCUCGGUCAGCCUGGUGCCACCAGCGAAAGCGGUGGAGUUCGACCUGGAGCGGCAGAGCGUGAUCUACCCCAAGGACUCCAAGUCCUUCACCUGUCGCAUAGACCACGAGAAGGUGGAGCGCAGCAAGCGCACCAUGCCCUGUAGCUAUGACCCCUCCAAAACCUGCUUUCAGGAACAGAGUCGGGGAUAUGUCACCUGGAUCUGCUCCAGACCUCUGAGAGUCAUCUGUAUCUACAUCUCCUUCUACAGCACAGACUACAGGUUGGUCCAGAAGGUCUGCCCGGACUACAACUACCACAAUCUAAUGCCCUACCUACCCUCAGGUUAA